AGUGUCUCUCAAGAGACCGGGUUGACAAGAGGUGAAUGUGGAGCCAGGGGUAGGGCUGGGAUGGUGGAGUCAUUUGUUGGUCCUCCCCACUCCCUGUUUGUGAGUACCUAACUUCUCUGGUCUUCUUUCUCUCCUUGUCUUAGGUACGCAGCCUUGAGCCAAAAAUCACCCAGCCCGUCCGAAUGCCGAGCAGUCCUCAGGGACGCCAAGAGCAUGUUUUUGAAGUGCAUAGCCCAAGCCCGGGCCAACUGUGCAACCUCCCAUCAGCAAACUGAAAUUAUCCUCUACCUAGAGUGCCUUCUUGUGUUAAAGCAUCUUCAGCGACCGGGGGUAGUCCAAAACAUGACUGUGGGAGAGUGGGAUGAGAGGAUUCACCAUGAGUACGAAGGUCAAAAACUAUGUGUGAUCGGUGUAAGAACUCAUAAGACCUCUACUCAGCAAGUUGCUGCUUUCGCACUUGAUAAUGAUGAAGAGUCGUGGUUUCAGGCCUACUAUGAAACAGUCCGGCCAUUGCUAACCAGAAGCGACGAAUACGAUCCCAUGGCUAAAUUCUUCCUUUCAUCAGUGGGAACUGAGCGACAUACUGUUUCAAGAGACAUCAAGAGCUACCAAACAAAAUAUAACCUCCCCGAUAUCUCCAGUCAGGUGGUCAGGAAGGUUUGUGAAACAUGGACGCUUGCAAGAUACACUGAUCCUGAAAAGUCUCUCUUUGCAAAGUACUUGGCACACACAAACUCCAUGGCGGAAAGGCACUACCGAGAGAAAGUGCUGGAUGACAUAUGUCAUGGUUACAAGCUGGUGAAAAGAUCUUGUGGUAGUGAUGCGGGCCAGACCACAGCUGCCGCUGGCCCCCCAGGAUAAAAUAAACAUGGUGGAGAGGGAGAUGGGAUGUCUGCCCAA